ACCCUGCACCAGCAACCGCCCCAGUUCCUGGAACCACCACACUUCCCAUCAGGACUGUUCCUGGACCGGACGCGGCUCUGCUGGGCCUGCCGGACCAGUGUCCUGCCCAUGCCCCUGCUCAGCGACGGCCCACACUCUGCUCCUUGGCCCUCUUGCCUCCAGCCUCCCCUCUUCCUCUGCAGAAGCAGUCCCUGCGGGGCAGGAGCCGCAAACAGCCCCAGGGCGGGCUGGGGUCUCCUGCAUGUGCUGGGUGCCCUCAGCCAGACCCCGCUUCCCCCAGCUGGGCGCUCCCGGGCUUGUCCCCCAGCCCUGCAUGACAGGGGCUGAGCAGAACUGCUAUUUCUGUCCCUGGUGCGCAGAUGCUAGCCACAAAGUAAAACAUGCAGGACGGGCUUCGGAGUGGGGUCGCAUCUGCCUCCUCGCCUUCUUCCCCUGGGGCUGGGCUUGUGCUCUGCACCGCUCUCAGUAUCAGGAGAGGCACGUGGUCAAACCACAGGUUGCAAAGUGCUGAGACACCGGCAGCUCCAGACCCACUGGCCGGGGGGAAAGGUCCCACCACGCAAUGCAGGAGCAGGUGACCCCCAGCCCCAUCUCAAUGGAGCUGACCGCCACCACUGACUUCUACCCCUGGGAGGAUGGGUACUCAUGGGAGGACGGCAUGCUGCCCGAGCUCUGUGAGAAGCAGGCAGUGCAGGGCUUCGCCCGCACCUACCAGCCUGCCGUCUACCUGCUGCUCUCGCUGCUGGGCACGGUGGGGAAUGGGCUGGUGCUGCUCACGCACACCCGCUACCGCCAGGCACACAGCAUCACCGACGUCUGCCUCCUGCACCUUGCCCUGUCUGACCUCCUGCUGCUCCUGACGCUGCCCUUUGCCGUCACCGACACGCUGCAGGGCUGGUCCACGGGCACGGCCACCUGCAAGGCGCUGCAGGGCCUCUACGCCCUCAACUUCUACAGUGGCUUCCUCUUCCUCACCUGCAUCAGCGUGGACCGCUACGUGGCCAUCGUGCGGGUGCCGGCCGCCUGCCGCCUGCGCCCACGGGCUCGCCGCCACGGUUGGCUGACGGUGGGGCUGGCCUGGCUGCUGGCCAUGCUGCUGGCGCUGCCCCAGUUCAUCUACAGCCAAGCGGAGCAGCACCAGGACCUCCGGAUCUGUCACGUCGUCUUCCCCCGCGCGGUCUCGCGGGCGGCCCGGGGGGCCACCAACCUGGUGCAGGUCGUGCUGGGCUUCGUGGUGCCCUUCCUGGUGAUGGCGAGCUGCUAUGCGGCCGUAGCCCGAACGCUUCUGGCGGCCCGCGGUGCCCAGCCCCACCGGGCGCUGCGGGUGCUGCUGGCCCUCGUGCUGGUGUUCGUGGCGCUGCAGCUGCCCCACAGCCUGAUGGUGCUGCUGGACGCGGCCGAGCUGCUGGCCAGCUGGGAGGUGAGCUGUGCCCAGAGCCGCCGCAAGGACCUGGCACUGCUGGUCACCGGCGGGCUGGCGUACCUGCGCUGCUGCCUCAACCCCCUGCUCUACGCCUUCCUGGGCCAGCGCUUCCGCCGGGAGCUGUGGCUCCUGGCCAGUGAUGCCGGGUGCGUGGGGCCCCUCGAGCCACGCUGCCCCAGCUGCCCCAGUCCCCGCCAGCGGACAUCGCUCUCCACCUGCCAGGACGUGGUGUAGGGACACAGCGCCCGCGGCCGGGGCAGGGACCGGUCCCCCGGGCUCGGCCCCCCGGGGAGAGCCUGCUCCGUGCACGGACCGGACCCGGGCCCCGGCAGAGCGGCCUGGCAGGGGCAGCACCGGACAACCCGCACGGUGCCUGCACACGCGUGGGCAGAGUGAGCCCCGCAGCACCCGCACGCCCUGCGAGCACCUCUGCUGCCCCGCGAACGGCCGGGCCGGCGGGACCGUGCAAUGUCACGCGUGAUCUAGGGGGGGCGUGCAAUGUCACGCGUGCUGCGGGGGGCCAUGCAAUGUCACCCGUGAUCUGGGGGGGGCGGGGCGGUGCCGGUGAGCUCGGCACGGUGGGUGCACGCAGCAGGGCCCGGGGAGCUGGU